GAGAGAGAGAGAGAGAGAGAGAGAGAGAGAGAGAGAGAGAGAGAGAAUCUCACGCUGGCUGUCUCCUAAUCCUAGUCCAUCUCUAAGAGGGAGCAGAGGGUUAGUGAAGUGAUCCAGAGCCAGCAUAGCAUCUCUUCUCCACCAGCUAGCACCUCUUGCGUGCUCAUACACACACUCUCACACACACACACACACUUGCAACGGGAUUCCGCGGUGGGUCCGCCUGCCUGCCUGCCUGCCUGCCUGCGUGUCCAGGUCUAUUGUGAGCGUGAGGGGAUUGUUGUGCCUCCAGUCGGUCCAGCCAGCCAGCACAGCACAGCCCCAGUGCGUUUGGGAGCAGGGAUCCCCAGCUGGGCCGUUUUGGGGGGCACAGGAGUCUAAAGAAGAGGAGGAGGAAGGAAAGAGGAGGAAGAGGAGAGAGUAAAGUGCACUCAACGCUGGAAAGGAGUCAACGCUGGAAAUGCCCAUCAGGUUAGGCCAUCCUGGAACAACUUCUGGGGGUCUGAGCCUGUCACAGCCUCGGCCAAUCGCAGCCUGCAUUAGAGGUGGCGGCUGCGUGUGAUUGGAGGAUGGCGACCAUGCCGUUCGUCAGCGAGGGAAAGUGUGUGAGCGUGGAGUGGGACUUCCUACAGGGACUACUGGCCAAACCCCCAACCCUGCCCUGUUUGCAGAACCUGCGGAAGGAGAAGUCUCGUAAUGCCGCUCGUUCCCGUCGCGGCAAGGAGAACUUUGAGUUCUUUGAGCUGGCCAAGAUGCUCCCUCUCCCCGGGGCCAUCACCAGCCAGCUGGACAAGGCCUCGGUCAUCCGCCUCACCAUCAGCUACUUGCACAUGCGCACCUUCGCUAGCCAGGGAGACCCGCCCUGGUGCCCCCUGCUGGAAGGAGAGAACCACUGCAGCAAAGUGCGACGCUCCUCCCACUCUCUGGCCACUGACAUGUUCGAACAGCACCUGGGAGCACACCUGUUACAGUCCCUGGACGGCUUUGUGUUUGUGGUAAGCUCAGAGGGACGCUUCCUCUACAUAUCAGAGACUGUUUCCAUCUACCUGGGCCUCUCACAGGUGGAGUUGACGGGCAGCAGUGUGUUUGACUACAUCCACCCAGCGGACCAUGUGGAGAUGGCAGAGCGUCUGGGCAUCAGGCCCCACCUGAGGGCCGAGGCUGGCUGCCACGUGGCCCCCGAGAGCGCUUCCAGCUCUGCCUCCACAUCCUCCCUGGCCGGGACCCCCGAGCCUGCCCCCUCAAGCCCCCUCUCUCCUGGGAAUGAACCUCCUGACCGAGGCUUCUUUAUCCGUAUGAAGUCCACCCUCACCAAGAGAGGCCUCCACGUCAAGUCCUCGGGCUACAAGGUGAUCCAUGUGACCGGGCGAAUCCGCUGUCGCCCUGCCAUGGUGCCAGGCUCCGCCCGCUCGGUGCGUCGGCCAAUGGGCUUGGUGGCCCUUGCGCACACGCUCCCGCCCUCCACGCUGAACGAGGUGCGCAUGGAGAGCCAGAUGUUUGUCUUCCGGGUCAACAUGGAUUUGCAGGUCACCUACUGCGAGAACAGGAUCUCAGAGUAUAUGGACCUGAGCCCGGCAGAGGUGGUGGGACACACCUGCUACCACUUCAUCCACGUGGAAGACCUGGAUAACAUCAGACAGAGCCAUGAGGACUUGUUGAGGAAGGGUCAGGUGGUGACCGGGUACUACCGCUGGCUCCAGAGGAGAGGGGGUUAUCUGUGGGUCCAGUCCUGUGCCACCGUCUCCAUCAACCACAAAGCCCCCCACGAACGCAACGUCAUCUGGGUCAACUACGUCAUCAGUCGGACAGAGCUCCCAGACACUCCCCUGGAUCUGCUGCAGCUCCCAGAGAGUCUGAGGGCGGAGCGUCUGAAAGCCAGCUCCUCCCCUUCAGAACACUCGCCACAAACCCGGGGCCCACAACCAAUGAAAAGCUCUGUGUGUAAAGGUGACCCUGACUCGAAACCAAGAGAGAUCUAUAAUCCCGGUGUCCAAUCAGGGGACAGGAGGAAACGUCCGCUGCGGUCUGACUCUGAGGGUGCUCCCGCGGAAACGCGGCGUCGCCUGGAAGAGUUCCGCCAGAGAGAGCGGAGUGUGUCAGCCUCCUCAGACCUGGGCAGUGAGAGCGGGGGAGAGGAGAGAGAGUGGGAGCAUGGGGGAGACAGCGCGAGUGUCAAACGAGAGGAGGGGCCUUCGAAACGAGCUGGGGAGACCCCAGUGAGGGGCGGCGGGGUGCACAACGGCCGUGCAGUAAUCCAGCACCUGAAGAGUGUAGUGUCCUCGCCUCUCUCUGGCCGCCCCAACAUCAAGACUGAACAUGAGGCACUGAUCGCAGGGGGUCGCUGGACACACACACACACCUCCUCACACAUACAACCCCUACCCUCACACACACACACACCCUGCGGCAGCCUGAACGGCGACAGUCCCCUCACCCCUAUCCCGGACUCCUCCUCCAGCAGUGAAGCCCCACCCAAUGGUAUUUUCACACCGCCCUCCCCCUCCAUGUCCCCUCCGAUGUCCGGCUCCUCCCCUCUACCGUGUGAGGAGCGGGGAAUGUUGUCUGGAGGCAGGGGGGGCGGGCCGGACUUUGAGCUGUUGCAUAGACUGGCAGCGGGGGGUGCUGCAGGACGGGUGUUGUUUCACCCCCUGGCCCUCGGCCCCCAGGGGCCACAGAGCCUGUACGCCCCCAGUACCAUCCGCUAUGCGCCCCCAGAGCUGCCCCACUCCCACCUCGGUGCUGAGGGGCUGCGCUCCGACCACCACAAGGGCCCCCCAGCCUUCUUCCCCCACCUCCAGAGGCUGGCCGGCCUGCCCUCCUUCAGUGGGUUCUCCGCCUCGGACAAUCCCUUCAACCCCUUCUGUGUGAACGGACUGAGGGGGGCCGCGGGGUCCGAGGAGGACUGAAAGAGAGUAGGGGCUAGAGAGACAGACAUGGGGGGCAGGUGAUUGGGACAUAUGGGGUUGGGAAACUGAACAAAUUUGCACAGCUUCCGUGGGGGAGUCAGAUGGUUUCCGACGCAGGUGACAGGAUGGGUGACACUCAAAGUGGACUUUGACACUUGACAUUACCCCACUAGCUGUCCAAGCUUUGUCCCCCUCUCUGCUCUACCACAUCCUCUCUCCGCUGCUGUUAAAUGACUGUGCAGUGUUCCAUGUCUAAAGCCAUAUUGUACAUAGAGACAGGGCCAUUACAUACCUUCACUAUUCCUUCCUCAGUAUUAUAACAACUGCUCCUGAGCCUGUCAGACUGACUUAAGUGUGAAUGAAAAAAAGAGAAAAAGAAAAUGGAUGACAUUUUUGUUCCCCCCCUGAAUCAUCUCUUAAAGAGAGAGUGAGAGAGUCUCAGAUACAUUCCAUUCCACUCCGAGGCUGUUCUGUCAUGAUGUCGUCUGGGAAAGAAAGGCAUGGGAGGCGGGAACGCACAACACCUCUACUGUCUGGUCACUUUGUAAUGUUUUCAGUCUUGUAAAAACUGAAAAAUGAUCCUACAGAAUGAAGUGUUGUGAAAGUUAGAGAUGCUGGGCUGUGCUGGGUUUGAGAUGAAAGCCAUAGUCCUGUUAUGUUGUCAUGUUGUUGCCAUAGGGUGAAGUGGGAGAGGUGUAAGAACUAUUGUCUUACUGGAGAACAUACUUUGGGAAAUGCCACAGUUGAAUUCAGACGCCCUCUACAAAUGUAUUCAAAAGAAAGGGUUUGGGGGGGGGGUAUUUAUUUAGAUUUAUUCACAUUUGUCUGAGCACUUCCUGAAAUUUGUUAUGAACACAUAGCACUUUUGAAUUUCCUUGUGUGCAUUAAGGGUUAAAUUACAGAGUGGUCAUGAUGAAUACCACAAACGGACCACAUGAAAGAAAGACCACAGGAGUUUAAAAACGCGGUCAUUAAACGUGUGGUCAUUCAAAUAUGACCAUGGGGAUUUAGUACAGUUGUGGUCAAUAAAAUAAGAACUGCAGCUUUUUGUUCUCAACGUACUUGUCCGAAACAUCCAUAUAAGGUCAUUAGAGGCGGGGUGGAAAACAUAUAUCAAAUCAUAUCAAAGAUAUUCAUUUUUAAACACAUCUCCAGAAAUCCCAUCCCAAACAUUAUGAGGCCAUGAGAGAAAGACCAUCAUCCCAAACGGAAUAUUCUAGAGAUUAAAAUGUCCCCAUAUCUUAAAUCGCUGUCCUGGUUAUAAAUGAAGAAUUACUGAUGGACAGGGGUCGGAUGUCAGCUGUAUAGGACCAUGUGUGUCAUACGAGGGGAUGUCUGUCCGUCUGUAUGUCUGUUCGCCUGUAUGUCUGUCCGUCUGUAUGUCUGUUCGCCUGUAUGUCUGUUCGCCUGUAUGUCUGUUCGCCUGUAUGUCUGUCCGUCUGUAUGUCUGUUCGCCUGUAUGUCUGCCCGUCUGUAUGUCUGUAUGUCUGUUCGCCUGUAUGUCUGUUCGCCUGUAUGUCUGUCCGUAUGUAUGUCUGUUCGCCUGUAUGUCUGUUCGCCUGUAUGUCUGUCCGUCUGUAUGGCUGUAUGUCUGUUCGCCUGUAUGUCUGUUCACCUGUAUGUCUGUAUGUCUGUUCGCCUGUAUGUCUGUCCGUCUGUAUGUCUGUUCGCCUGUAUGUCUGUCCGUCUGUAUCUCUGUAUGUCGGUUCGCCUGUAUGUCUGUUCGCCUGUAUGUCUGUUCGCCUGUAUGUCUGUCCGUCUGUAUGUCUGUUCGCCUGUAUGUCCGUUCGCCUGUAUGUCUGUUCGCCUGUAUGUCUGUCCGUCUGUAUGUCUGUUCGCCUGUAUGUCUGUUCGCCUGUAUGUCUGUAUGUCUGUUCGCCUGUAUGUCUGUCCGUCUGUAUGUCUGUAUGUCUGUUCGCCUGUAUGUCUGUCCGUCUGUAUCUCUGUAUGUCUGUUCGCCUGUAUGUCUGUUCGCCUGUGUGUCUGUUCGCCUGUGUGUCUGUCCGUCUGUAUGUCUGUUCGCCUGUAUGUCUGUCCUUCUGUAUCUCUGUCCGUCUGUAUGUCUGUUCGCCUGUAUGUCUGUCCGUCUGUAUCUCUGUAUGUCUGUCCGUCUGUAUGUCUGUUUGCCUGUAUGUCUGUCUGUCUGUAUGUCUGUUCGCCUGUAUGUCUGUUCGCCUAUGUGUCUGUCCGUCUGUAUGUCUGUUCGCCUGUAUGUCUGUCCGCCUGUAUCUCUGUAUGUCUGUUCGCCUGUAUGUCUGUUCGCCUGUAUGUCUGUCCGUCUGUAUGUCUGUCCGUCUGUAUGUCUGUUCGCCUGUAUGUCUGUCCGUCUGUAUCUCUGUAUGUCUGUUCGCCUGUAUGUCCGUUCGCCUGUAUGUCUGUCCGCCUGUGUGUCUGUCCGUCUGUAUGUCUGUCCGUCUGUAUGUCUGUUCGCCUGUAUGUCUGUCCGUCUGUAUCUCUGUUUGUCUGUUCGCCUGUAUGUCUGUUCGCCUGUAUGUCUGUCCGUCUGUAUGUCUGUUCGCCUGUAUGUCUGUUCGCCUGUACGUCUGUAUGUCUGUCCGUCUGUAUGUCUGUUCGCCUGUAUGUCUGUCCGUCUGUCCAUCUGUAUGUCUGUUCGCCUGUAUGUCUGUCCAUCUGUAUCUCUGUAUGUCUGUUCGCCUGUAUGUCUGUUCGCCUGUAUGUCUGUUCGCCUGUGCGUCGGUUGUAAUUCCACUGGCUCGGCAACAACAACAACACACUUACCUGCCACAUCAGUGACUCGAACCCCGUUCUGUUCAAAUAUUUCUGAAUACACCACCCCCUUCUGAUCUUCAAAUGAAAACAAACCCAUGUAUAAAUACUAUGAUACUGAUGACGACAAUAAAAUAUUACAUUUGAGGAGUACAAGAAA